GCUGCCGAACGCAGUGCGCUUUUUCGCCAGCCUUGCUUUGGUUCAGUCAUGUGAUGGUUCCUGCGUCUCCAGCGAACAGAGAAACUAGCAGCUUCUCAGACGAAAAACUCUCCCAGAGAAGAGACUGAAGCUGUCAUGGGGUGCUGUUUCAGCACCGGGAGCAACCAGGACGACUCAAAGAAGCCAUUGAUUCCUGACCCAAACUUAGACAGAAAACCCACCAAUGGCUCGGAUCGAAACGCAGACGGCCUGUCGUCCAGCCGCACAAAUGACCAAGACCUGCAUGCAGCCAUCGUGCAGCGGACAGCCCUGAACAUAAUUGACGUGUCAGCUGUUAUUUCUCAAGGCCUGGAACAGCAUGAAUACAUGGACAGAGCCAGACAGUACAGCACCAAAGUAGGGGUGUUGAACAGAACGUGGUCUCAGAAGAAACCCGUUCCUCUUCCGUCACUGAGCAGCCAACCUCACCAAGUGCUCGCCGCUGACCUGGUCUCAAACGCAGAUGUACAGCAGGUGUCUAAGAUCGCGGCGUACGCCUACAGCGCCAUCUCACAAAUCAAAGUAGAUGCCAAAGAAGAGCUGGUGGUGCAGUUUGCUAUACCAUGAUCAUUUUUUUUAUUUUUUUUUCUGAGAAAGAUAUUUCAUCAGCUGAACAACCACUGUUGCAAUUUUACUGUACUUGAGUCCCUCACAGCCUUGUUUACAUCGUGGCCCGUCUUAUGAAUAAUCACACUGUCAAAUCCGAGUGUUUUCGACGGGGAGGUGGGUCUGAAUUGUUGCUGUCGAAACUUGUAAAUUGUAAAUUAUGUUCUAAUGUCGAUGCCUUUUAAUGUACAGAGUGUAAAGUGAUUAAGAUGAAUUAUUACCUUGCGUUCUUUCCUGACGGAGUUUGAAAUGCCACACAGUAUGUUUGUGUAAUCAUUUAUUUUGAUUUUAAAUAUUUAUGCAAGCUCAGAGACAGUGUGGCGCGAUUAACUCUUUAGAUCAUGUCAAGGCACUUUUUCUCUUUCUUUGGGGAUUUUUAAAGGGAUAAAAUGUGCUGCAAUACUUUGUUUUCGGUUGCAGUUUACUAAUAGUGUACCUAAAUGUGGAAUUUUACCUGAUUUACAGAGAUAACUCUAUUUAGGCUAGUACCAGAAAUGUAAUCUUAAUAAUCUGUUUUUGUUUAACAAGAUGACACAUUAAAGAAAUUCACAAUUUUAAA